AUGGACGGCUCUAUGGCUUCUGGGAUUGGCAAUGAGAAAGCAACUACAGAUAUGGACAUCGAUGAUGAAGACAGCAUAAGAGAGACAGAUGAUGAACCCACUUCUGAAAAUACGAGUGAUGUUGUUGUAAUCAGAAACAGUGAGCUUACCUACUAUGGGGAUUCUGAUUUGGAAGACUUUGCUUAUGAAGAGGAUAUUCCUGAGCAAAUCGAAAUCAUUAGAAGGGGGGUUUCACAGUCUGUGACAGGAAGUUCCCAGUUGGACCAUACUAACCAGGAAGAUAAUAAGGAUCCAUAUGAUAUUGAUGCUGAAAUGAGCAGACAGCGAAAGUAUGAGGCUGUAAGGGCCAUGAUCUUUGUUUCCGAAGAGGCUGCCUAUUAUUUCUACAACAAGUAUGCCAAAGAACAUGGUUUUAGCAUUCGACGCGAGAAGAAAAAGGAACGCCUUGAUGAAUUAGGGACACCCACCAUUCGUGUGUCGUAUAACAGGAAAAAGGGUGUUUGGACUGUUCUGAGAUUUGACGACAAUCACAACCAUAAGCCUGCUACAGCUGAUCAAAUCGCUUUUAUGAGGUCUCAUAGAAAGAUCAAGGCUCAUCAGAAAUCUAGGAUCAUGUCACUGGGAGCUGCUGGGAUGAGAUUAUUCAACAUUAUGAGGACAUUUAUCAGUGACAAUGGAAAAUACAGCAUGUCUCGGCAGGACUAUGCCGACUUCGGUGACGUGCUGGUGUUUGACAGCACGUACAAAACAAAUCGGUAUGCUAUGCCGUUCAUACCUUUUGUGGGAAUAAACAAUCACCGCCGGACUCAUCUGUUUUUGCAUGCGCCAUUGUCUCGGACUGAAAAGGAAGUAACAUACAAGUGGUUGUUAGAAACAUUCCCGAAAGCCAUGUAUCAGCAGAAGCCUAAAGGGAUCAUCACUGAUGGGGAUGCUGCAAUGAUCGCCGCUGUUGGUAAAGUCUUUCCAGGCGUGUGGUACCGUGUUUGUACGUGGCAUAUUGAGAAGAACAUGAAGAAGCGCAUUGACUCCCUGGCUCACAAUGAAUUCCGGUCGCUGCUGUACUACACCACUUCAGAACAAGUAUUCGAGGAGAGAUGGAGGGCAUUCGUCGAGAAGCACCAGACGGAAUUAACCAAAGAAUGGAUGAAGAGGAUGUAUAGGAGGAAGAAGUUGUGGUCAGCCGCGUAUCUAGCGAAUGGAUAUUUCCUCGGAAUGAAAAGCAACCAGAGGAGCGAGAGUUUGAACUCCACCCUACACACCCACCUUGACUUUGGACUGACAAUGGUGGAUAUGGUUGUGCACUACGAGAAUAACGAUAGCCGUGUCCGGGAGGAAGAGGCCCGCCAGACACCAUAG